AUGUCAUCACCGGUUUGCCGAUGGAUUGGCCUGCUGACCAUCGCUCUACUAAUUGGUGGUACGGUUGGUAAAUCGUCCAUCGAUCAAAUGGCAAAGACGAGUGCAAUGAUGCGUUCGGUGUGCGUGGGAAAGCAUAAAGCCAGCGUGGAUCUGAUCGACGGUCUCGGACGCGGCGAGUUCCCGGAUGUGAAGGACCUGAAAUGCUACGCGAACUGUGUGCUAGAAAUGAUGCAAGCGAUAAAGAAAGGAAAAGUUCAGGCCGACAAUGCCAUCAAGCAGAUCGAGCUGUUGGUGCCCUCGGAGAUCGCCGAACCAACGGUCAGAGCGUUCGAUCUUUGUCGGGAUGCGGCGGCAGGCAUUAAAAAUCACUGUGAUGCGGCUUACGCACUGCUGCAGUGUCUACACAAAACCAAUCCGAAAUAUUUCUUCGCGUAAAGUCCAGAUAGAAAUAUUAGUAAAUAAUAAUAGGCUACACAUGGAUCAAUCAAUCGUGUACUUGUUUGGCGUGUAAAAACUAUUGCUUUGAAUUUAAAAUAAAAACAAAAUAGUUGCACCAAAACUAGUAAUCAGAUAACGCGCUAUACCGAGAUCCGUAUUUUGAAAAUUGGGCGUCAAACAAAUUGUCUGUUCAUUCCAUACUCCAAAGUCCAGUAAUGGACCAUGACGCGAAGACAGAUCAGGGGGGAAGGCACAUUUCAGAUAAUUGGAGUAACACUCCAUGCAAGGAAAGCACUCGUCUAAGGCCGUUGAAUUAACAAUGAUCAAUCAAUGAUCAAGGCAAUAGUUUCUCAUGCAAUAUUGCAAUGGUCUACCGAAGGUCCGUAGGAAAUUUGAGGUUACAUUGAGAAAACUAAGCUUCCACAUUCACAACCACAAAUUAUUCACCUAAAUUAGUAACUCUGCGAGCUGCUGCCAGGUUUUUGUAGCGCAUCCUUCGAGUAUGACUA